GCAGUGCGCGGCCGAGAAGCUGCAGCCGCCGCCUCCAGGCUCUCCCCGACUCGGGACCCCUGGCCACCGCAGCUGACGAGCGGCUCGGAGGGUACCCCAGGCCGCGCGUUUCUAGGGGUCGCUCUCGCACGGUAGCGAACCUCCGCGCACCGACCUCUCGCGAGGUUUCGCCUGCCCCCACCCCCAACCUCCUCGCCCGCCCCCUGGUAGCUCUGAUGCAGGCGGCUCCCGCUAUGGCUGCGCUGCGGAGGCUCCUGUGGCCGCCGCCUCGGCUCCCGCCUCCACCCUCCCAUCACCAUCGCGUCCCUGGGCCGUGGGGGCGGCCUGUGUGUACAGCCCCGGGCCCUCCUGGCCGGCCCUUCUCCUGCCGGGAGGAGGAGGACGGGGCUGUGGCUGAGGCGGCUUGGAGGCGGCGGCGGCGCUGGGGGGAGCUGAGCAUCGCAGCGGCUGCCGGCGGGGGUCUGGUGGGCCUAGUGUGCUACCAGCUAUAUGGGGACCCCAGGGCCGACUCCACGCAGGUGCCCACCCUCGGGCGCCUCUCCGAGAGUGCGGACGUAGAGCCGGAGGAUCCGCCCCGCGGCCGGGGGCUGCUUCCCAUCCCGGUCGCUGCUGCCAAGGAGACGGUUGCUAUUGGCAGAACAGAUGUUGAAGACUUAGACCUCUAUGCUACGUCUCGGGAAAGGCGAUUUCGUUUGUUUGCUUCUGUAGAAUGUGAAGGGCAGUUAUUCAUGACUCCCUAUGAUUUUAUUUUGGCUGUUACAACGGAUGAGCCCAAAUUUGUUAAAAUAUGGAAGUCACUUUCCAAACAGGAGUUAAAUCAAAUACUCUCAGAAACACCACCAGUUUGGAAAGGAUCAUCAAAGCUCUUUCGAAAUCUUAAAGAAAGAGGUGUGAUUUCUUACACAGAAUAUCUUUUUCUUUUAUGUAUUUUAACAAAGCCACAUGCAGGCUUUAGAAUAGCUUUCAACAUGUUUGACACGGAUGGCAAUGAGAUGGUGGAUAAAAAGGAGUUUUUGGUGCUUCAAGAGAUAUUCAGGAAAAAGAAUGAAAAGAGGGAAACUAAAGGAGAUGAAGAAAAGCGUGCAAUGCUGCGUGUUCAACUUUAUGGAUACCAUUCACCUACUAAUAGUGUACUUAAAACAGAUGCUGAGGAACUUGUCUCCAGAAGCUAUUGGGAUACACUGAGACGUAAUACAAGCCAAGCACUCUUUUCAGACCUCGCAGAGCGUGCUGAUGACUUUACAAGUUUAGUAACAGAUACUACACUUCUUGUUCACUUUUUUGGGAAAAAAGGAAAAGCUGAGCUCAACUUUGAAGAUUUUUAUAGAUUCAUGGAUAACCUCCAAACAGAAGUUCUAGAAAUAGAAUUCCUUUCCUACUCGAAUGGGAUGAAUACUAUCAGUGAAGAAGAUUUUGCUCAUAUUCUUUUACGAUAUACAAAUGUGGAAAAUACAUCAGUAUUUUUGGAAAAUGUGCGUUACAGUAUACCCGAAGAAAAGGGCAUCACAUUUGAUGAAUUCAGGUCAUUUUUCCAGUUUUUGAACAACCUAGAAGACUUUGCAAUAGCCUUGAAUAUGUAUAACUUUGCGAGUCGUUCUAUAGGGCAAGAUGAAUUUAAGCGUGCCGUCUAUGUAGCUACUGGCCUCAAACUGUCACCACAUUUAGUGAACACAGUCUUCAAGAUUUUUGACGUUGACAAAGAUGAUCAAUUAAGUUAUAAAGAAUUUAUUGGAAUUAUGAAAGACAGACUCCAUAGAGGAUUCCGGGGUUAUAAAACAAUUCAGAAGUAUACCACUUUCAAAUCCUGUCUGAAGAAGGAACUUCAUAGCAGAUAAGUACUUGUAAAGCAAACUUUAAAGGAUUAUUAUCUACAUGACAAAUGCAAGAAGCAAAAAUUUCAGAGAACAGAAGCAGGUUUGAGAUCAGAAAUUGUAGAAAUGAAGGAGAAGGUGAAACACUAAAUUUUUUUUCUUGAACUGAAUUCUUGAAUGUAAGACAGAUAAAAUGCAUCUUCUUACUAACUACAAAAGUUAUGUGUUAUCACUUUGAGCUUUUGCCUUGAUUUACUGAACUCUGCACUUCUUCAUUCCUUUCAGAAGUAUAUAGAUACCUCCACUGACUACAUAAGAAUGUAUUUUAAGUAUUUUAAAAAUUUUAUUAGAAAUUUGCCUAACUUCGAAUUAAUGUAUGGCUUCUGGAAUCUAGAUCACUUAAAAAUGAAGAACAACAUAUUUUCUUUGGUUUUAGACUGUGAACUUACUUUAAGAAAAUGAAUAUUCCCUAAGAUUUAUCUAUCUUAGGGCCCUAGAAUUGUUGAUAAAUCUCUAUUACUUAUCUGGUUUUUAAUUAUAUUGAAAUUGUUUUGAAAAACAAAUAGAAUUAAGCUACUAUACAACACGAUGGUUUACAUUAUUCUUUUAACUUUUAAAAAUACAUAAUUAACAUACAUUGUUUGAAUCACAUGAAGGUUUUUAAAAGUCUGUGUUCAUUUACCAAAGUCAACAGAAUGUCUGGUAUUCUUUUAUGUAUACAACAAAGAAAUUUAAAAUAUAGAUUUGUUUUUCUCAAAAAAGGUCCCGUAGUGAUAGUAAAAUAGUGGUGGUUGUAGCAGUAGUCGUCGUCCUCGUCCUUGUUUUAACAUGAUGCUGCUCCUGAUUGCAAGUGGUGUAUGUUAAUAACACUAGUCACAGUAAUAUCUUACCACUCUGUACCUUACUCAUAUUGUUAGUAAAUGUCUGUAGCAUCAAACUGAGUACUCUAACAGAUUAAUAGAAAAUGCUUUAUAAGAAUGAUGUAAAUAUUAGGUAGAAGUUAAUAUUUUGUUUCUU